ACCUCACCAAAUUCAACUUCUUCCAAUGCUCCUAUUUUCUGCUCUAUAUACUCCUGCAAUAAUUCAGAUUGAACAUUCACAUUAAUUCUAAGCAUGGAAAUUGCAAGUUCAAAAGAUUGCUCCUCAUCAGUGGCUUCUAGUCCUUACUCAUCACCCAACAUUGGUGCCUUGCUCAAGAUCAAGGUCAUUACAUGGAGCCAAGAAACUGGUUUACCUGUCUCUGUCAGAGUUUGGGUUAAAGAUAAGAUGUUCAACCUACACAAGUUUCCUCUGGCUUCAAAGAGUGGAUACUUAAAGAGAAGGCUAAAGGAUACUCAUGAGGUUGAGCUGCCAGAGAAUUUCCCUGGAGGGCCAGAAACCUUUGAGAUGAUUGCAUUGUUUAUUUAUGGAACCUCAACACUGAUUGACCCUUUUAAUGUGGCGGCUCUGCGCUGCGCAGCUGAGUUUCUUGAGAUGACUGAGGACUAUUGUACAGGAAACCUCUGUGAGAGGUUGGAUCUAUAUCUGAAUCAAGUUGUGCUGCAAAGUUGGGAUGACACACUGAUUUCACUCCAAAGGUGCCAGAUUCUGCUUCCUUGGUCUGAAGAUCUGCUUAUAGUGAGUCGCUGCAUCGAGGCUCUGGCCUUUAUGGCAUGCAUGGAGAUUCUUGACCCUGAAAGAAGGCGUGACACGCCGGUUGUCACGUUGGAUGAAUUGGCCUCACAAUCCUGGAGCUGUGAGAUUGUGAGCCAACAAGAUGUAUGGAUGAAGGAUCUGAUUGCAUUGCCUUUUGAUUUCUUCAAAAGGGUCAUUGGAUCUUUGAGGAGACAAGGGAUGAAGGAGAAGUAUGUGAGUCCAAUCCUUGUUUUCUAUGCAAAUAAAUGGUUGCUAUCUAACAAGUCACUUCCAUUUUCUGGUGAGAAAAGUAGUGAUGAUAAUGACAUUAACAGAACUUCAAUGAUUCUACAAGGCAUCAUUGAUCUUCUUCCAAUGGGGGAUAAAGCUAGCAAAGUGAUUCCAGUUGGUUUCUAUUUUGCUUUGCUUUCAAGAUCUCUUGAAUAUGGUUUGAGGAAUGGAAGUAAGGCAAAGUUGCAAUCACAGAUUACAGCAUUGUUGCACUUUGCACAAGUUGAGGAUUUUCUUGUUCCUGAAAGUGGAACAACAGCAAUGUCCUCUAGUAUUGAGUUGGCAACAAUGGAAAACAUGGUUUCAGCAUAUGUAGCAGCAUCUAACUCACACAUGAACCGUCCUCCAGAUGCUAGAAAUUUCGCAGUUGCAGAACUUUGGGAUGCAUAUCUGUCUAAUGUAGCUCCAGAUCCUGAAAUGGAUCCUAAGAGAUUCAUGGAACUCAUUGAAAGGGUGCCACCUUCUUAUAGACAGAACCAUUACCAACUCUAUAGAGCAAUCAACACCUUUCUCAAGACUCAUCCGGAUACAUCCCAAGAUGAUAAGGGAUUGGUGUGCAAGUACCUUGAUUGCCAGAGGCUAUCACAAGAGGCAUGCAUUGAAGCAGUUCAGAAUGAACUGAUGCCGCUUCGCCUUAUUGUGCAAGCUCUAUUUGUUCAACAACUCAACACACACAGAGCCUUCAAAGAAUGUUCAGAUUCGUUCCGGUAUGCGCAGUGUGGAGACUUAUCUGGAAGCCUAUCAAGCCAGAAUCUUGUGGAAAGCCCUUACACAGAUGGACCAGAAUUGCAUAGCAGCAGGCCUUUGAGCAUUGUGAUGAGGAAUUUCAAGUUCUCAACUGCUGAAUAUGAGUCCACAAGCUUCAGGAUUCAGAACCUUGAACAAGAACUCAUGUCAUUGAAGAGAAGCCUUCAGCUGCACAACAUUGUAACAACAAAGAAAGCUGAAGAAACAUCACAGAAGUUGAAGCCAUGUGGGUUGGAAACAAGAUCAUUCAGCAAAAAAAGGAACCAUAUUGGACAAGCAACUAGUUGCAUCGGUUCUUUAAACUUUGCUUCACAGAGAAGGUAUGCUAGCCGGUUGCUGAAGCUAUUUCGCCGCAUAACUUUGUUUGGAACUCGGAAGCUCAAGAAAAAACCAGGGAAUUCCUAAUCAAUCUACUUAGAACAUAGUUACCUGCAACUCAAUAUAUUCCAUUACAGAAUGUAAAAUAUUUUAUGUAAAAAGUAUACUUAUGACUUUCUGGUAUGCAGAUGAAUUUAC